GUGAAAGCGUUUUAGUGGGUCAACGUGGACAGCUGUCACCGCAACCGUGUGCAAACAGGCAAAAUAUUAGCCACACGACAACAAGCCCAUCGCGUGCUCGUCUUUCCCAUCUACCACGCGUCGCUCCAGUCAUCCGCUACCCGCGCGCAGAUCCGUCGCAAGCGCGAACUCGCCUUUUGCACCCCACAACGCGUCCAUCGCGUCUUGCACACGACACCUGCACGUCCAAUCGCAAACUGCCCAGAAUGGACUUUAUACAGGAUUACGCAGCGCUUAUCCCGCGCUUCCUCCCACCCUCCUUUGCAAGCCCCCUCCUCCAACUCCUCACAACCUUCUUCGGCAUCUCGCGCACCCUGACCACGCACCUCUCGCCUCUCCUCAACAAACUCAUCACACAGCCCGAUGUCGCCUCCAUCCUCGCCCUGCUCGCCAUAUUCUUCAUCUCGCUCAAGAUCCUGGACAUGAUGUACCGAGCCGUCAUCUUCUGGGUAAACCUGGCUUUGCGUCUGGUUUUCUGGGGCGGGAUUCUCGUUGUGGGCUUCUGGGUAUACAACAGGGGGCCUGAGGGCUUUGUGGAAGAUGUGCAAGGCUUGGUCGAGUACUGGCUGGGACAGUAUGAGAUGUACAGUCAAGAGGUCAAGGGAUUCCAACAGCAGAAGGAGGAUCAAAUCAGGAUGAAAGCGAGUGCGCAACAGCAGCAGAAGAGAAGGGGGUGGCGGUAAAGAUGGUGUAGAAUGGACUGCAGAGCAUGUAUCUACAAAGAGACUGGAUUCGGAUAUUGGUCAAUAUUUCGACUCCUUUCUACAUAUAUGGUUAUGGCGCAUGGGUAUGUUGAAAAGUAUAGGACUGGCUCUGGCAUCUGUUGGCCUCGCACUCACCGUUGGACUGUUUGGGACAACAAGUUGUAUAUGUUUGAGCUUCACGAAUAAUGGUAUCCAUGAUAGUAUU